AGAUGGUAAACAUUAACCACAAAUCUGCUUUGUCUUUCACGUCACUUGUUUUUAUUGAAUGGCAUAUAUACAAAAGUAGCUGUAUAGGGCAGUAUAACUCAUGGAGAAAGAGUGAUACAACCAAAUACAAUUAGAAAAGGCCCAUACUGUAUUUGUUUCUGUGUAAUAAUCCUUUCACAGAGGCACAGACUUUGUUUUGCUCACACACUUUAACUUACUGUAGGAUAAAUCAAUAUUUGGAGUCAUCAGUGUACAAAGAGUUCUCAUCCCUACCGGGACAAACAUUGCAGUCACAGCACAAAUACACCUACACAACUCCUCUCAGAAGUCGUGGGGAGCACAACUGAGCUUUUCAGUUUACGUUUUUGGAAAGCUUGCAAGUUGGUUAUAGACAUUCCUUCAGAUCUCACCUUUUCCUUGUCUUUUGUUCAUUUAGCUUGGAGAAAUCCUAAAUCUGUUUUUCAGUUUUACACAAAAAUUGGGGAUUUUUUUUUGAAGCAACAGGCAACAUGACCCCAUUUGGACUGGGGUUGUUUUUCAUCCUGGGUUUAUCCUACUUCAUGACUAUUUAUAGCAGGCCGGCAGGUGUCCACCUGCGUAACAUGGACAGCUUCGUCCGAGCUGUUCAGCAGGUUGAAGACUCCAACCCUGGGCUGUCCCCCCUGGCUCUGGUCAGGGCCCUGCGGAGGACCGCUGGCCACGAUGAUCCAAUGACCAUCCAUUUCUUGGGUUCAUCAUAUAAUCUCAGUGAUGCUGAGGUCCUAGAGACAGCCAUUCUCAAUGCCUCAUCUUUUAGCUUCUUUGACAAGGCUAUCCACCACAUUGUGACGGAUUCCGGAGAAGAAAGAGGGGUGGUCCUCGCUCCAGAUGGCACCACGGUAGCUCUUGCACCCUUACUUCUGGGUAUCGAAACAGGACUGAAAGCCAAGAUGGAGGGAACUCCAGCUGUUGGACUCUUCCAUCUCACCUUAGGAAGGACACUGGGCCUGUCCUUCCAAAGUCUGCAGGACAUCCCUGUGUCUUUUCGCUUGGGCCCCAAUGGCUGCUGGGACAAUGUGGACCACCCUAAGAUGUUCAGGCUGUAUCGACCUGCCACUCUGGCCACUGAUGCUGUUAUUAAUGGAGGCAUGGAUGGAGUUAUACUGGGAAUGGACCUCAGCAACCGAUCUGCACAUGAACAGCCGCAGGCCCUCAGCGAGAUUUUGAAAGGAUACUACAGUUUUACUCUGCAUGAGGGGCAGGGACUCGAUGCUGUGACUAGCCAUGUUAGUCCAAGGCGAAGGGAGAUCUCUAGAUCCAUUCUGGAGCCUCUGGAUCUUCACAGUCAGGUGAUGGAGGCACUGAAAUUAGUCUGGAAGCUGGAAAAGACAGAAUGGAUUGCUCUGGACACUGGAGUGGGGAAGGCGGUGAAGGAUGGAUUGCAGACAUUUGUACACAAAUACUGGGACUGCCCUCAAAUCAUCCCUCGUUGUCAGUGGGGGGCAAAGGCCUCCCAGGGUACACCUAUCCCACUGUCUCUACCCCUCCAGUUCCUCUACGUUCACCACACGUAUGAGCCAUCCUCGCCCUGUUUAUCCUUCCCAGACUGCUCUCGUGACAUGAGAUCCAUGCAGCGUUUCCACCAGGAAGAUCGCGGCUGGAGUGACAUAGGAUACAGCUUUGUUGUUGGCUCUGAUGGUUACAUCUACGAGGGCAGAGGUUGGAGACUCCUCGGCACACACACCAGGGGGCACAAUAGUAUCGGGUAUGGUGUGUCCAUCAUCGGUAACUACACCACCACCCUGCCUUCUCGCUAUGCUAUGGAUCUGCUGCGCCAUCAUCUCGUCAAAUGUGCAGUAGAUGGAGGAGGACUGGUUGCUAACUUCACCAUCCACGGACACAGACAGGUGGUAAACUACACCACCUGCCCUGGAGAGGCCUUCUUUUCAGAAAUAAGAAGCUGGGAACACUUCAGGGAAUGACAGGAUUCUUAAACACCAUCACUGGAUCUUCAGGGAAACAAACUCCCUACAAACAGAAGAACAAAGACACUGGCCACCUGUAAUAAAAGUGAUUGUUUCUAAAAA